AUGGAUUUUUUCCCUACACCCAGGAACGCGACACGCCCGGUCGGGGGCUCGGGCGCACCGCUUCGGGCCUUGAGCGACUUGCUUCAUGACGGGGUGGGGCAGACUUCGCCCGGUGUCACGUACUCGGCGUCGUUGGCUUUCGACGCGACAAAUUCCUGCGCGCCGGAGGGUUUCCAGCAAUCAAGACUAAACGGAGAAAGACUUCGUGCCCGCGACAACCACGGGCGGCCUCUGCCUUCGACGCCCCAAAACGUUGCUUUCUUGGACGAGGUGCGCUCUCCCCCGAAAAGGAAGCAAACAGGACCGACAAAAAGGCGCAAGUCGACGGCCCAGAGAAAUAAUCGUUAUGGAGGACAGCACGUCAUUCAGGGCGGUGCCGAAGCGGCUUGGGGGAUUUAGGAGUAGCGUCGACUUUUGUCUUUUCGCCUGCGUUGAAUGUGCUUUUUGUCAUGGCGUAGGAAGGGAUGAUGCAUGUCCCGGAAGUGUUUUCGUUCGGCAUUUUUGACUUGCUUGGGGUCCACGGCUAUGAUUUCUCGGGGCGGAGGGGCUUUUCUUGGCAACCCACAACCUGUGCGCCAACCAGCUGUUUAGAAGCCAAGGAUCUAGAGAGAGAGCUAGCGUGGAUAUGGCGGGGCAAGGCGUACAAGACGCGCGCACACAAACCGCACUUGCUUGAGACUUGGUGAGCGUACCAUGGUUGUGUUCAGGCGUGGUCGUGGAGGGCAACGAGCGGAAUUUAAUGGAGUUGAAAGUGGGGAAACUUUGUGGUUUGUGGUCCCCCGCUGUAACCCCAAUGUGUUGGUUGGCUCAACGAAUUUUUGGGGUUGUCCAUUCUUUCUGCAGGUAAUCUGGUUUUAAUAACAUUCAUACCACUCAAAUACGGCAACCUUCCACCCGCCCGCCACAUGCCCGCAGAUAUCACAGCAGUGCGGCAGAUUCAAGAUCAAGAUAUAUGUAGUCUACACGAAGUAAAUUACUCCUACAUAUAGUCUAGACUAGUCUAGAGAAGACUAGUCCAUCAGCGGACACCGCUAUACUGCCGCUCUCUGCACUGCUGUCGUCACUACCAUUACUCUCGGGAAGAUCCACGAGGAGGAUGUCUGCUGUUUGGUUUGCUGUGUGCUCUGUGAUACGGCGCAUGGUGCGGUGGUCCGGUUUGUGUGUCUGCGCCCUUCGCUGCUGUUGUGAUUGAAAAUGUGGUUCUGAUUUAAAAUAUAUGGUUCUGUAAGGGCUGGUUCGGGAGGCGUUCGUGAGGGCAGGAGGAUUCUCAUCUGCCCUCGAGGGCAGAUUCCCGGGCGCCCGCGGGCUCUCACGAGGGGGCCCGCACUUGGACCCCCAACAGUAUACCCCCCGCAAAUAUGUUCUCUGCAGAUCGAAUCUUGUAUCCAAGUACCCCAAACAAUCCACCCAAGGCAAAAGAUUUACAGCAGUAGACUAUUCCAGUAGCUAUCUAGGGAACCAAGAUUUGCCAAAUUCCGUCCACAGCAGUAGGCUUCAAACUUGUCGGCGCAACACGCAGCCCCUCCCUUAACCCUUUUGGGACUACAAGCCUCCUGAGUGUCAGAGUGCUGCUCCUCUUCCUGUCGCACAAUUUUUUUUGAAAUCUGCACUGAAAAUGAGGGCUCGAAAGGGCGAAUAGCUCGCGCGAAACGGUGGCCGCCCGCGAGCCGGGGACACCAGAGAGCUGAAUCCCUCCGCAGAAAAAACACGGGGAGGGAGUUCCACUCUCGCAGACUACCUCUUUCAGCUGCUGUAGCAGCAGACCAGCUCCAGCAGACCUCAGCCAGCAGGUGUGGGAUGAACCUUUUUUAGUUCGCUUUUCUCCUGCGGGUUUUUCGCCUCUGCACCAUGCUUGCUGGUACUCCUACUGCUGCUGCUGCU